UUUAAGUCUUUAAAGUUCAAAGUAUUUACAAAGCUCAAUGAAGUGAUAUAGCAUUUCGAUGACAAAUUUGUUGUUUUGUUGUUGUCUGUCAGCUUCUUGUUGAUUUAUUUAGAUUAAAAGACGAGAAAUACCUGAUAUUUUUCACUUAAAUCUUGAGAAAUUCAUUGUAACUUCAUGACUUCGAAAUCUAAAGUUACUAUAGCCCCUGGUGCAAUAGUCUGUAAAGAAUGUGAAUUACAAGGUGAUGUUACCAUUGGUAGUCGAACUAUUAUUCAUCCAAAAGCUCGGAUUAUAGCUGAAACUGCUCCUAUUAUAAUUGGUGAAGCUAAUCUAAUUGAAGAACAAGUUCAUAUUUGGAAUGUAUCUGACCCUCCAAUACCUAUGAUGAUUGGUGCAAAUAAUGUUUUUGAAGUUGGAGCAUAUGUUGAAUCUCUAAACAUUGGUGAUCAUAAUGUUUUAGAAUCCAAAUGCAAAGUUGGGAAAAAUACUAAACUUACUACAGGUUGUAUCAUUGGGGCGAAAUGUGAGCUAACAUGCUGUGAAACAAUUCCUGAAAAUACUGUGAUAUUUGGAGAAAACAGGGAAAGAAGAUUACAAGCUGAAAAGCCAGCUAAUCAGAUGAAGAAAUAAUGCCAGAUUGUGAUUCAGAUUAUGGACCGUAUGACAGUGACUCAGAUAAUUCUUUGGACGAAAAAGAUGCAAGUGACGAUUCAAAAGCUUAUUCACUGGAAGUAGAUGGUGCUAUUUUGGAAUUUACUGGCACGCACUCAAUUUUGGGUGAUACAACCAAAGCAAGCUCUGAAUUGGACUUCUUCAAUUGUGUAUUUCCUGCAGAAUUGUUGCAACUCAUAGCAGAUGAAACCAACAAGUGCAUUAAUCAAACUUUAGACGGGAACAAAACCAAUAAAAGCCAAGCCGAAAUUGGUGAACCAUUGCGAAAGAGGAGACAUACUGAAAAUAUUCGAAAGAUAUCUGUAGAUGAAAUAGUUCGUUUUAUCGCUCUUAGUCUUGCAAUGGGCCAUGUCCGUAAACACGAAAUUAAAGAUUACUGGACUACUGAUCCUUUGUUAUCUACGCCAGUUUUCAGUAAAUGCAUGCCACGUGAUAGGUAUCUCACAAUAAUGAAAUUUUUAAGUUUUGAAAACUGUGAAGAAGAUAACGAUAAUGAUAACCUGUGGAAAAUUCGUAAGCUUUUAAACACUCUAAACCGUAGAUUCAAGGAAGUUUACUAUCCUACCGAAGAAAUGAUUGUAGACAAGGUGAUUGUCACUGCUAAUGGUGUCCGCCAUUAUAUUUCUAAGGACAGAGAAGGCCCAACUCUCAAAAUGUAUAGAUUAAUGGAUAAAAAUGGCUAUCUUUUCAAUUCAGAAUUUCACUUAGGUAAAGAACCUAAGUUUUCUACACUGUCUUUAAAGUUGUCUGCUUACAAUUCUGUAAAGAGUUUAGUGGAAUGUGUAAGCGGUAAAGGUCAUAAAAUGUUCAUAAGCGGUAUCCUUUCUUCACCGAAUUUGUUUAGCGAGUUAUAUCACAUUCAUAAAAUAAAUAGUAACAGUUUGAUGAAUCCAAAGCAAAGAGGAAUUUUAAAGCAGAAAUCCAAGCUUGGGAAAAGGAAUCAACAGCAUUUAUACUUGAAUGAUACUUCAAUAGUGUCAACCAAUAGUGCUGUGAAUUUUGAACGAAAUUCUAAAGACGACUGUAACUGUUUGUCUGCUCAUAGAUCUGUGGCAAGUGUGAAGAAAUUAUUUUUUCAUUUACUGGAUAUAUCUAUUUCAAAUGCGCAUGUAUUAUUCAAGUUGUCAAAGAGUAAUAUUUCGCUCACAGAUUUUAGAUUAAAAUUGAUUUCUCAGUUAGUUGAGUCUUCAGGUAUGAAUUUUGCUCCAGAAACUGAAAGUCCAUUCGUUUCCCAUUAUGUGAGAUCACUCCAGUCAAAUGCACCUCAUUUGUUGCCUGAAGCAGAAAGUACACUCGUUUCCCAAAAUACGACAUUAUUCCAGACAAAUUCACCGCAUUUGUUGCCUGAAGCAGACACCACGCUAGUUUCCCCAAACACGAAAACGUCCUUCCUCUCAAAAUCAUUUGAUUUGUCGGCAGGUAAACUUGUCGGGCAUUGGCCACUCCAAAAGAAAGUGAGCAGAAGACGUUGUGUGGAAUGUAGAAGCAAAGGAAUCUAUAGACGAACAACCGUAUCUUGCGCCUGGUGUAAUGUUGGUUUGUGCAUAAAUUGCUUUGGUCCUUAUCAUGAAAAUAUUAAAUAACCUCAAUAAAGACUUUUGCAAUGAUAGCAAUAUGAAUAUUCUGGAUAACAGUGGUUACUUAAAUAGGAGUAAGUGAAAAAUUUAUUUAUGUGUAAGUGCUGUAACAGGGUAAAAAUAUAUACAAGAUGUUUCCUUAAUACAUAUCUUUGAAAUUUUUGCUAAAAAUAGUACCAAAAAUUUAUGCGAAUUGGGGACGUCAAUUAAGAUUAAAAAAGAUAAAAACGCUAUUAAAAUCUGUCUAAUCUCUAUUGUUGGUGAAAUUUGAAUCAUAAAAAUCUAUCUAAAUGUUUAUUGCUGGUGAAAGCUGGGGGAGGAGUUGAAAGGCAGCUAUCAGAAACACCUAUAAAUAUCCUCUGGCAAUCAAACAAUUUUUGGUAUUUUUAAUUCUACUUUCCCCACUAGUGUUUUCCACGCUUUGAUAACGUUACUCUUUAAUCAUGGUUUAAAAUAUAAUUUGCAACUCCUGAUGUGUAUGGAUAUCAAGAAUAGUGACAAGAUUUUCAGUAUCUUUUCAAGAAUUCUAAGCUUUUACGUGUGUAUAUUUCUAGAUAUAUUCAAAGAUUUGGUUCACUCAUUCAUUGCGACAUUCGUAAAACCGUAUAUCUUGUUUCUAGUUGUCGGCAUGAGUAAGGUUUUAUGUGUUCGAAGGAUAUUAUCAUUUUUGAGAAAUUUUUUACUGUUUAUAAUUUCUGUAUUUUUCUGUUCUUCUGAUUGUAAUGUUCAGGAUAUUAAAAAGAAAAACAAACUGUAUAUUUUUGUAAAUUAAUAAGUUUUAAAAUAUUGUCUAUGAUUGCAAUUACAUCAAAUGCUUUCAAAGUUAAAAUGUAGAAAGAAAUUAAAUGAAAUGGUUUAAAA